AUGGCUUCUUUCGAAUCGUGGCAGUCGCCGCUCUCGGCGCGCUAUGCGUCCAAGGAGAUGUCGGGUCUCUUCUCCAACGCCACUCGCUUCUCCACCUGGCGUGAACUCUGGCUCAACCUCGCCAUUGCCGAGCGUGAGCUUGGUCUGGACAUCUCCCAGGAGGCCAUCGAACAGAUGAAGGCCAACCUCACGCUCGACGAGCGCCAGAUGGCCCUCGCCGCCGAGGAGGAGAAGCGUCGCCGCCACGACGUCAUGGCCCACGUCCACGUCUUUGGCCUCGUCGCUCCCGAGGCCGCCGGAGUGAUCCACCUUGGCGCCACCUCGUGCUACGUCACUGACAACGCCGACCUCAUCUUCCUGCGCAAGGGCCUCGACCUGCUUCUGCCCAAGCUCGCCCUCGUCAUUGAGCGUCUCGCUGCGUUUGCCGAGAAGCACAAGGCGCUGCCCACGCUCGGCUUCACCCACAUGCAGCCCGCCCAGCUCACCACCGUGGGCAAGCGCGCCACGCUCUGGAUCCAGGAGCUGCUGUGGGAUCUGCGCAACAUCCAGCGCGCACGCGACGACCUCGGCUUCCGCGGCGUCAAGGGCACCACGGGCACCCAGGCUUCGUUCCUCGCGCUCUUUGACGGCGACCACGCCAAGGUCGAGGCGCUCGACGAGCGUGUCACCGAGCUGUUUGGCUUCCCGCACGCCAUGCCCGUCACCGGCCAGACGUACUCGCGCAAGGUCGACAUCGACGUGCUCAACAGCCUCUCGAGCUUCUCGGCGUCGGCGCUCAAGAUGGCCACGGACAUCCGACUGCUCUGCCACCUCAAGGAGGUGGAGGAGCCAUUCGAGAAGGACCAGAUCGGUUCCUCGGCCAUGGCGUACAAGCGCAACCCCAUGCGUUCCGAGCGCGUGUGCGGUCUGGCGCGCUGGCUGGGCAACGCGGUCAACUCGGCGCGCGAGACGGCCGGUGCCCAGUGGAUGGAGCGUACGCUCGAUGACUCUGCCAACCGUCGUCUUUCGAUCCCCGAGGCGUUCCUCACUGCCGAUGUGAUCCUCACCAUCCUUCAGAACGUUUCCGAGGGUCUGGUGGUCUACCCGGCCAUCAUUGCUCGUCGUAUCCAGAGCGAGCUGCCCUUUAUGGCGACCGAGAACGUCAUCAUGGCCAUGGUGCGUGCCGGUGGUGACCGACAGGAGUGCCACGAGCGCAUCCGUGUGCUCUCGCACCAGGCCGCUGCCGAGGUCAAGGAGCACGGUCGCGAGAACGACCUGAUCGCAAGGAUCAAGGCCGACGCCUACUUUGCGCCCAUCAUCCCGCAGAUGGACCAGCUGCUCGACCCCAAGAGCUUCACUGGCCGCGCCGAACAGCAGGUCGACAGCUUCCUUGCAAAGUGGGUGCGCCCCGCCAUCGAGCCCUACCAAGCUGCCAUCCAGGGCGCUGGUAAGGCCGAGCUCUCUGUCUAA